AUGUCGUCCUCUACUCGAUCCAGCUACCGAUCGCGGAAGCGUACCAAGACGUUUACCGGUUGUUGGACCUGUCGCGCCCGCAAAAUCAAGUGCGAUGAGGGAAGACCGCAUUGUCGUCAAUGCCGCGAGAAGCGCGUCACGUGUGAAGGUUACGAUGCCCGUCUUCAGUGGCUGACGCCGGAUACUUGCGGGAAGCCCAGUCUUCGCUCUGAGAUUCCGUGCGAGUCUUCCCUGACGCAAUCUCUUAGGCGUCACAUACCUGCUGAGCCCCCAAAGUCGGUAUUGGCCUGGAGCCAGGUGGAGGGUAUUCUCCGCUUUAUCGACUCACUCGAGGCAGAUCUGGGGUCUAAUGGUGGGGAAAAUGUGUGCGCAUCUAUCCAAAACUUUGGUGUUUUCAGCGUGAAGCAAUCACAGUCUCCUGAGCCCGCCCCUGAGGCUCAUGGCCUGACUGACCUGGAGCCGGAGCCAGUCGCUCACCAGAGUGAUGAUGGUGAUCUGGCCAUGGGUCAAGAGGCCAUUCCGAACUUUUUCUUUGACAGCUUUGCUUCCCCUUCUUAUUCGGAGACAGCUGCCGCAUGGGAUUUGUGUAACCUCUAUGAUCAUCAGUCUUCCUUGGCUCUGGAUACUCAACCCCAAGAAGCUCCUCCAGUCCAGCACAAGUCCACUCUUACUAUCUCAAAUCACUCUCAUGAACCUCCUGCAGCGGCACCUGGCGACCUUCAACUCCGACAUGAGCUACAGACGACAAAGACCGACAAACUCUACAAGGCCUCGACGCCGGAUGAGACAUGGCGCCUCGACUAUAACGAGCUUCUUCAUUGCCUUGAACCCUACGUGGUACCUGGCCAAGAGCGAUUCUUGAUGGACCAUUACCGCAAUCGAGUCGUCAAUCUCUUUUGCGUUAUCGAUAAUGGCAAAAGCCCUUGGAAGACGAUCCACUUACCCCGAGUCCUGCAAUGCGUCGGUGAACUGAGCUUUGGCGGUUCGACGACGAGGAUCCGGAAUGCCCUACGAAAUGCUCUUCUGUCCAUCAGCGCGUUUUACUUGUCCAACGAUCACAAGACUUCAGAGCGUGGGGAUGAAGCCAAGAGAUGGGGCAACGUUGCUUCACGCUAUCGAUGUGAUGCUAUUGGACUUCUCAAGCAGGCUGUCGAGACAGAUCUGUAUGGCGAAGAGCGACCGAGGUACAAAGAGUUCCUUGCGACCAUGUUGUCAAUGAUUACCAUCAACGUCAUGUCUGGAGACACAGACACUUGCAGCGUGCAUCUCGACGGCGCCGAGCAACUCAUUAACCACAUGAGCAUACGCAAGUUCAAAUUCUCACGAAAAGCCCGAGCCUUGCAUCGAAUUUAUCUGUACUUGCGUGUUCUCUACGAGAGCACAGCCCCGAGAACAAGAACCGGAACGGCCUCUCGCUUCUCGCCGUCCCUCAGCUCGCACAGGGCAAUGGGCCCGCAUCCCACAAGCUUACCACAGCGCCUAUUCCUCGAGUCGGAGGAUUCGCCGUCUUCCAUGAUGCCGAUGGAAGUGAGCUCUACUAUUACUCAGGAACCGAUGACUGAGAUGGCGGCAUACGAGUGCAUCUAUGGCAUACCGCAAAGCUUGCUCCUCCUCCUCAAGGACGCAAUCGAGAUCAUCGACAUGGUGGACAUGGAGCGUAAAAAGACGGACAGUACGACCAUAUCCGAGCCGCUGGGGAGUUUAUGCGAUAAACUCGAAAACGAGAUACUCGACUGGCCCUUGGAGGAGCGACUUGCCUGGUGUCAAGAGGCUAACAAGGGGAUAAGCGCCGAAAUCAUCCAUUACCAGACUAGGGCAUUCCACAAUGCCUUGAUCAUAUACUUUUCACAGAAUGUUCGACUCCUCGGAUACCGUUACCUCCGACAAUACGUCCACACGAUCCUAGACAGCAUCGAAGCUAUUGAGAAGAUCAAGGCCGAGACCAAGAUCCUUGCGGCGCCACUCUUCUGGCCAGCAUUUAUCGGGGCUACUGAGGCUUUUGAGCCGUCACUCCAAGAGCGGUUCAAGAAAUGGUAUAGCAACGUUUCAGUUUACGGGAUUGAGGCUGUGAGGACUGGGAUUCAGGUUGUGCAUGAGGUUUGGAGACGAGGGCCUGCGACGAAUAAAAGGGUAAAGAGUUCGUGGAGGAGUAUUGUCGAGAGCAAUGGGGACAGCCUGAUGCUGACUUGA